AUGGGUCGACGUAAAUCCAAAUCUUCAAAUAAACACCCAACAUGCACUCUAAGAGAAGCUACUCUUCAUGCAGCACUUGUUAAAUUUGGCCAUCAAAAUUUAUGGGAAGAGUAUAUAUUAAGAUCUAAUUGGUCUGGAACAAGUGAACAAUGGGUUAAACGAUUUGCUGUACGAUGUCCUGGCUGUCAAAUACCUAUUGAAAAAAAUGGUGGUUGUGAUCAUAUGAUUUAUUACAAUAAGAAUCCAUAUGGUACAAGUUUUUUUGGUGUUGGAACCUCAUUUCCAUAUUCAGGUACUUUUCCUCAACAAGGUUUCGGACAAUAUGGCAGUACUGGAGGAUUUUUUAAUAGUGGUGUUCCAUUUUCUGGAGGAAAUAUUUUUCAAAGUAGUCCACCCUUGUCUCCUCCUGCAGUUGGCUUCCCUCCACAAUCUAUAGGUGCUCAAUUCGGACAAGGUUUUAAUUUUCCUUCGGUACCUAGUGGCUUUGGUUAUCCAUCAGCUCCAUAUAUGCCACCAAUACCACAGCCUCAAUAUGGUGCUCCUUUUCCUCCGGAACCAUAUCCUUAUCCUGAUCCACAUCAUUUCGGUAGUGGUUCUUAUGGUCGAACUCGAUCUCGAUCUCGUCAUUCAUCCCGUCGUCGAUCUAAACCACGUCAUCGAAGUCGUUCAUCAUCAAGCAGUAGUGAUGAACAUCGAAGAAGAGGUUCACCUUUUGGUCAUCCUGGUGGUUUUUAUGGCAAUCCUCCACCUUUUGCAAAUGUGCCACCAAUACCACCACGAGGUGGUUCGCCUAUUAAUUCUCCUCGUCCACCUGCUUGGUAA